CAGACAUUGCUACAUUAUGUAUAUCAUUAUCCACAUAACACAAACCACCUUCAGCUGAAGUAGACGUGUAUUACGUAACUGUUUUAAGGAGUAUAUAUAAAAAAAUAUAAUUUAUUCAUUUAUUCGUGAUAAUAAUUAUUGUGAUUUUGCUAAGACGCUUGAGAGAUAAAAAAAUAAUGUUGCCGGCAUCAGCCAGGCUGUUUGCCUUGGUGGCGUGCGUCGGCUGUGGUUGGGCGUUUCCGGACGUUACCGAGGAUGCCGCGCAGACCUUGUACCAGUGGAAACAGAUAGACUUCGCCUUCCCCAGCGCACAGGCCCGCCAGCUGGCUAUACAGAAUGGCCAGUACAUCCGCUCCAGCGUGAUCCCACUGGGCGUGGAGCGGUGGAAGGAGCGUGUCUUCGUGAGCACCCCGCGAUGGAAGCGCGGCGUGCCGGCGACGCUGUCCGCCCUGCCUGUCGCGGCUACCGAGGAGUCGCCGUUGUUGCAGCCUUAUCCCAGCUGGGAGUGGCAUAAUGCUGCCAACUGCUCCGGUUUCAUAUCAGUGUUCCGAAUGAACAUCGACCACUGCGGCGUGAUGUGGGUGCUCGACUCGGGCGGCGUGGAGGCCUUCGAGACCCCGCGGCAGCUGUGCCCGCCCACGCUGUACGCCAUCAACCUGGCAACAGACAAGGUGCUGGCCCGCUACCCCAUCCCCGCCGAGUUCGUCCUGCAGAACUCCCUCAUCACCAACAUCAUCGUCGACUCCCGCGACGCCCGCUGCCGCGACCUGCACGUCUACAUCGCCGACGCCUGGCGCUUCGGCCUCAUCGUCUUCCGCGCCAGCGACGCCGCCUUCUGGAGGUUCUCCCACUACUCCUUCUACCCUGAACCCCUGCUCUCCAACUACACCCUCCACGGCCUCAACUACCAGUGGUCCGACGGACUCUUCGGCAUGUCUCUCGGUAAAAUGCAAGGGAACGACAGGACGUUGUUCUACCACGCGAUGUCUGCGUCGAUGGAGUUCUUUGUGAAGACGUCAGUGCUACGGGACCCGGCCCGCGUCAGUAACUCUGUGGACGAGUUCAAGCUGCUCGGCGAGGACCGCGGCGCCGCCGGCCAGGUCUCUGCCUCGGCUGUCGACCGCAACGGUGUCAUGUUCUACAACCUCAUCUCCAAAGACAGCAUCGGCUGUUGGGACACCUCUAAACCCUACAAAAAAGCAACGCUCGCCACCGUCGCAAGAAACAACGAAACUUUAGUCUUUCCUAACGACCUAAGAAUAGAUCAUGAGGUUCCACAGAAUGUUUGGAUGAUAACUAACAGGUUGCCAAUGUACCAGUUUAAUCUAAUAAACCCUGAUGAGUAUAAUUUCAGAAUAAUGUAUUUGGAUCCAGUUAACACUGUAAAGAAUACUGUCUGUGAUAGUCGUAACACUGUUUCUUAUCAGAGCUUUUUGCCAGGUUUCAGUGCUGCACCUUCUUAUCUUGAUUUCGCUUACAGAAGGAAAUAAUAAUUUAUUUUUUCAUUAGAAUCUAAGUAACCAAAUAAUGUUUUACAAUAAGAGUUUAUAAAUAGAUACUUAAGAUUAUUUAAGUAAUAAAAACUUCAAUAGAAACUUUU